AUGUCGUCGUUAGGGGCGAUUGUAAGGCAGUAUUCAGACGUGCAUCGAUGCUUGGUGCGGUACAUGAUGAUGAAAGGAUACACAACGGUCAGUGAUUUUCUCGAUAAGGUGAUUGCGUUCAAAGAAGUGUUCAAUGAAGGUGGCGAUAAUAGUGAUGAAAUAGAGCAGCUGAAGAAUAACAGAGACAGUAUAAUGGAGCCGUUAAUCAAAUUUAUGAAUCGAAAAUUGGACUUUUCCGGGCUGAGAUUUGUGGAGAUUGUGGAUGAAUACGAUGGCGAUGCAUCGUUUGUUGCAUUGGUGAACUCGUGUGCAUUCUCGGAUGUGUUGACGAGUGGAUUCAAACCAAACGAGAUGGCUUUUAUAACGAAACUUUUUAAGAGUAUUUGCAACGAUGAACGUGCCGAACUGAAUUCGUGUGAUGCUCUUAAUAUGGGUUAUGAAACUGAUGUGAAGUUAUCUUUGAAACGAUCUCAAGAGAUACUCGAUAAAUUGAUUGCUUCAAAAUGGCUGUGUUUGGAUCCUGAAAAUAGAUCAAUGCUGCGUUUGACUGUAAAAGGUGAACUCGAGUGGGGUCAGUAUGUGCAAAGUGAGAGCAUUCUACAUAAAUGUUCGUUAUGCCAGAAUUUCAUUCUUAUCAAAUCGAGACUAUUGCAUUGUACCGUUUGUAAUGACACAUUCAUACACCAGCAUUGCGCUAAAAGAAUGAUUCAAAAAAGAAAGUUAGCCAAUUUCAAGUGUCCUGGUCGAGAUGGCAAAUGUGGUGCAGUUCUGUUGAGAAGGGCAGAGAUUGGUGGUGGUUGUUGA